AUGUCAUUAGAGGGAAAAUUUGAUAAAUUAAAAGUUCAUGAAUCCGAACAUAUAAAUUCGAAGAUAUUAGAAAAAUAUGGUCACAAGAUCAAGACAGAUGAGUUAUCAGAUACCAAAGGUAAAACUAAUAAAGAUAAGGCCAAUAGAGCUACUGUGGAAAAUGUCUUGGAUCCACGUACGAUGAAAUCUUUAAAAACUUUGAUUAAUAGAGGUGUGAUUUUUGAGUUUAAUGGUUGCUUGAGUACUGGUAAGGAAGCUAAUGUUUAUCAUGCUUUUGCCGGAGAUGGUAAAGUUAAAGGAAAUGCUGAGGUAUUGCCACAAAUCAGUGAGUUAGAAGAUGUUCUAAAUAAGGAAUUAAUUCCAGGGCAGAUUGAAGUGCCAACUAUUAAAUCUGAAGAAGAACAGACACAAUUAAAGCAAAGAAAAGAAUACGCCAUUAAAAUUUAUAAAACGUCCAUUUUGGUAUUUAAAGAUCGUGAACGUUAUGUGGAUGGUGAAUUUCGUUUUAGAAAUGCUAGAUCACAACAUAAUCCUAGAAAGAUGAUUAAAAUUUGGGCAGAGAAGGAAUUCCGUAAUUUAAGAAGAAUUUUUCAGAGUGGUAUUAUUCCAGCUCCAGAACCAGUUGAAGUGAAAUAUAAUAUUUUAGUAAUGGAAUUUUUAGGUCGUGGUGAUGGAUUUGCUUCUCCGAGAUUAAGAGAUCAUCAAUAUAAAACCAGAGAGGAAAUUAUAUAUUAUUAUCACACCUUAGUUGCAUAUAUCAGACUUUUGUAUCAAGUUUGUAGACUAGUGCAUGCAGAUUUGUCGGAAUACAAUACAAUUGUGCAUGAUGACAAAUUAUAUGUUAUCGAUGUUUCCCAAAGUGUGGAGCCUGAACAUCCAAUGAGUUUAGAUUUUCUGAGAAUGGAUAUAAAAAACGUAAACGGUUACUUCGAAAAAAUGGGUAUUGAUAUUUUCCCAGAGAGAAUUAUUUUCCAGUUUGUUAUUUCCAGUGAACUGGAUAAAUUUACUGGUGAUCCAAGAAGCUCGGUGGAUCUUAGAAAUUAUAUUGCACACUAUUUACCAGUUAAAUGUACUGACGAAGAUGAAUUGAAAGAUGAAAUCUUUAGAUCAUUACAUUUAGUUAGAAACUUAGAUGGUUUGGAAGAAAGAGAUUUUGAUAGAUUUACAGACGGUAAAUUUGACUUGUUAAAGACACUUAUAGCCUCAGAUAAUCAAAAGAAUUUCACAGCAUCUACACAAUUUGAUUUUAACAAUGAUCUAAGUAAUUUGGAUGCCAAUAAUGAUGAAUCUGAUGAUAAUGGUGAAUCCUGCGACGAUUCUGACAGCGAAAACGAUAACGAAAGUGAAGAAGAUGAUGAUGAAUACAGUGAUGAAGAAAAACAAUUGAAAGGUAAACGAUAUGAAGAUAAAGAUGACAAGAAGAAACGUAAGCAAGAAGCAAAAGAUGUUAAAAGAGAGAAAAGAAAGACGAAGGUAAAGAAACAUAUCAAAAAGAAUCUAGUGAAGAAGACAAAAUCUAAAAAAUAA